UGGAAAAAGGAUAUUAUUUUCUCCUGUGAAGAGUGCCGUUCUUCGCAUGUUACAUUUCCAGUAUCAAUCUCUCCUAUUCGCUUCUUCCAAUUCCCUCUUCGUUCUCGUCGUCUCUCGCAUGGCGGACCAAUAAGCAAGAACUCAAUUCCCAUUUGAUAUCAGACGAAAAUUCAAUCCCCAUUUUGCCCAACCUCUCCCCCGAUUCGUCCGUUCAUCUGCUGCCUUCUCCCAGUCCGAUAGUUUUGCAUUCUCUGAGACGCAUUGCUUGGAUACAGGGUACCCUCGAGCAGUUACCGAAACUCGUUUCGUUUUACGUUUGUUUGAAUUUCAAUCACUGCUGUGAAGAUAUAAUCUCCAUUCCUAUUUCUACCGCCAUUCUACGCUGAGAUGAAGGGCUUCUGAGUUAUUGACGCCUGCUUCCAAUCCGUUAUUUGGGGAAGAUGGAUGAGGGAAAGAGAGUCGUUCUUCUUCAUUCCAUUGCACUUUCUUUCAAAUAGUCUUUACAUCAUUGCCAUUGCAUUAUUUUGUGGUAUGGCUUCGAAUCUUCGCAAAUGGCGAUUUUGCUGAAUGUUCAGAGGUUUCAAGCAAUAUUGUUUUUGUAAAUCAAAGCUCAGUAAUGAUGCCACUGUCAUGCAUGGAUAUGUUCAGCUUGUAGUGAUUAUGAUUUCCAAGGCAAAAUUUGCUGUCAGAGGAGAAUAAAUCUGCAAGACAGGGUGGGAGUUAGCAAGUCUCUAGAUAAGGAUUAAGAUUUUUAUUUAGCCUUAGUCAAAUCCUUCCUUUCCAUCCUUCAAAAAAUUUUAAUCUUGGCAUCCGUUCUACUAGUUUCUUGUCUAACUAUUUCCUUUCAUUGAUGCCUCUAUAUACAUUUAUAGCAGUUUCAUGCUUUUCUGCGGACAUUAGGAAGGACUAGUACUUCUGGUGGUGUCUUGUCUUAAUAAUUAUUCAAAGAAUGUGGUAAAGGAUGCAACACGAGUUACGCUGUUAUUUUUGAUCAUGUUUAUUACUCAUUAUGGAAAAAAGUGAACCUACGUUAGUUCCAGAGUGGCUGAGAAGUUCUGGAAGUCUUUCCGGGAGUGGGAUUUCAGCCCAACAAUUUGCAUCGUCUUCUUCUCACUCAGAUGUUUCGUCUCAAGCUCAUUACUCAAGAAGUAGAACUUCAAAGAGCAUUAGCGAUAUAGAUAAAUCACACCUUGAUUUAUUGGAUUGGUCAUCUUCAUCAAGCUCAAGGAGGAAUUCUAGUAAUGGCUCUGGAAAGAAUGCUUAUAGUAGUUUUAAUAGGAAUCAUCGUGAUAGGGACCGUGAGAAGGAGAAAGAAAUGUCAAAUCUUGGGGACCCUUGGCGUCAUGACUUUUCUGGCCCUCUGGUGAAUAUCUUUUCCAGUAGAGUUGAGAAGGAAACUUUGCGGCGUUCUCAUUCAAUGGUGUCUAGGAAGCAAGGUGAUUUAUUUCCCCAAAGAGUUGCUGUCGACUUGAAAAGUGGAGGCUAUAAUCGUAAGACGAAUGGUAAUGGUUAUCAUUCAGGAAGUACCAUUAACGGUAUCACUGAUAAGGCUGUUUUUGAUAAGGAUUUUCCAUCACUUGGAUCAGAAGAUAGGCAAGGAGGACCAGAUGUAGGAAGAGUAUCAUCUCCCGGCUUGACCACAUCUCAGAGCUUGCCUAUUGGAAGUUCAGCUUUGAUGGGUCGGGAAGGAUGGACAUCAGCUCUGGCUGAGGUGCCAACUAUAAUCACAGGCUGUACAGCUGCUCCAUCAUCCGUUCAACAAACUGUUGCUGCCAAUUCUGGGUUGGGGUCCCCAAAUGCAACAACCCCGCGUAAGAUGGCUGAAGCAUUAACACAGGCACCAUCAAGAGCUCGUGUUGUGCCUCAGUCAACCGAGUUAUCUGUCAAGACACAGAGGCUUGAGGAAUUGGCUAUUAAGCAGUCCAGGCAAUUAAUCCCAGUGACACCUUCAAUGCCUAAAGUUUCUGUUCUUAAUUCGUUUGAGAAAUCCAAGUCCAAAGGAGCAUCCAGAACUGCUGAACUGAAUGUGCCUGCCAAGGGCGGUCCACAACAACUAGUGCAGCAUAAUAGUCAAACUCUUCGAGGUGGACAAGUCAAGUCUGAUUCUCCAAAGACCUCUCAUGGGAAAUUUCUGGUUCUUAAACCAGUGUGGGAAAAUGGCAUGUUAAAAGAUGCCUCAAGUCCUAUUAGUAACGUCAACAGUAGAACUGCAAAUUGUCAGUUUUCUCUUGCCUCUUCAGCUACCACUACCUCUUCGAGGAAUCAAAACAUCCUGAAUCCUCCAUCGUCUCUGGAGCGGAAGGUGGCUGCCUUAGAUUUGAAAUCAGGAUCCACUUUGGAAAAGAGACCACCUUCUACUCAAUUGCAAAGCAGGAAUGAUUUCUUUAAUCUCAUAAAGAAGAAAACUUUGGUGAAUGGUUCCACUUGUCUCCAAGAUUCAGGCAUUGGCUCAUCUCCCCUCAAGGAGAAAUCUGGGGUAGUAAACGGGGAAGUAGCUGGUGCUGUGGUGCACCCUUCUACUGUUACAGAUGAUGAGGUGACUAUCAAUGGCAAGAUCACUGAAGAGGUUCAGAGGUUUUCUGAGUCUGUGAAUAAGAGUUUGAGCCCUAACAUAACAUUAUGUUCAGAUGAGGAAGAGGCUGCAUUUCUUCGUUCUCUUGGAUGGGAAGAAAAUUCAGGAGAGGAUGAAGCGCUUACGGAAGAGGAGAUUAAUGCUUUUUAUCAGCGGUACAUGGUACUGAAUCCAUCUUUGAAGCAGAUCAGAUGUACAUCACCAGGACCUUCCAAUGCUGUCUGAAUAUGAUAAGCUUUCUUGUGGGACCUUUGUCAGUUAGACUUAUCUGACAGGUGAUCCCAAAUGCCUGAUAUCAAAUUGUUUUUGUGGUAAAUUGUGUAGGGUUUUCUCCCAUUUUUCUUUUAACGAGUAAAAGAAAAAUUUGACAGUGUUGGGCAGGAAGCAGAGAGUGAGUAUUGGUUUGGCCAUGGUGCAAUAUGUCAUAGGUUACGAAAUCUCUGGUUUGCCUACAACUGAUUUUUUGGUUCCUCUGAAAGACAGUUGGGAAAGGGUUGGAUAGGUGAUGUACUUUUGUUUGCGGUUGCAGCUGAAGAUGGCACUGCAAUUUGCAUAUUUCCUGGUAUUUUGGCCCUUUUGUUACUUUUUAAGAGUGAUCCCAUUAAAAGGCCUGAUUUGCUUUUCAUGCUUUUACAGAGGUAAAAAAGGUAAAAUUUUUAAUUUUAACCGUUACUUUGUCCUAGUUUCUUCAUAUGGAUAAUUUACGAUAUUACCAGUAGAAUUCAUGCUUAGUUUCUUCUUCUUCUUC